AUGAAACAGAAACUAACAAAGAACGAGGACGAACAGUGUACCCCUAACAAUUAUAUAGCUGAGAAUCAUAGUAUUGGCUGGUUUCUUGAAAAAACUUCCUUGAAGGAACGUAAGGCGGAUGAAGACAGGGACCUCAUCAGUUAUAGAGCUGCUUACUUUUAUCGCCGUCAUAAAUAUAAAGAAGCAUUCGAUGAAUAUGCUACCUUGUUGUCGGAAUACAACCAUAGUCGUACCCAUAGCGUGGCUGUUGUCGACUCCAUUGUUCGUUGCGCUUUGAAGAUCCCUUCGUUUCCCAUAGAUCGAUUACUGUCAUAUCUCCAUGAGUACGAGCAAUAUGCCCUCGACUAUGGCGACCAACUUCAAUAUUUGAGCAUGAGAAAGGAUGUAUAUGCCGACCUUUCUCUACCGGAGGCCUCACAGAUGUUUGUAGACACUGUUUGUCUCCUAUGCGCCUCUGUAGAUUUACCCGAACACUGGUUGGCUUUUGGGCAGAGAGUUUCUUUGAGGGUAGGUAACAACUUCCGCAUAGGUUACACGACCAGGGCUAUUCUUCUACUGGAACGCCAUUUGAAACAUGCUCAUGGAUUUGUGCGCGAUGUGAUAAAUAAGAAGCUGUUAGGUUUGCGUAAAUGCUUGGAGGAAACGGAGUCACCCGAAAGAAUUGAAGAAGCGCGGCAAAAAAUGAGCAUCGGCAUGGUUUCCCAUGAAGAAAGCGCCGAGAUGAAUGAAGAAAUUCAUCGACCAGUUCACGACAGCCGCUCAAAAGUAGAGGUUUACAAGUCAGCCGAAGAGUGUAAAAUCAUAGUAGAGUGUUUUAAAUGCAAAUUUAGUUGGAUGUUUGAAGGUCAUAAACUUAUAUGA